CGUCCCGGCGGCGACAUGCGCUACAACGACAAGGAGCUGCAGGCGCUGUCCCGGCAGCCGGCCGAGAUGGCGGCCGAGCUGGGCAUGCGGGGUCCCAAGAAGGGCAGCGUGGUCAAGCGGCGGCUCGUGAAACUGGUGGCCAACUUCCUCUUCUACUUCCGGACGGACGAGGCCGAGCCCAUCGGAGCCCUGUUGCUGGAGCAUUGCAGAGUCAGCCGGGAAGAGCCCAGCGGCUUCUCCAUCAGCUUCGUGGAGGAUGUUGACCGCAAGUACCGCUUCGAGUGCUGCAGCGAGGAACAGUGUGAGGAGUGGAUGACGGCUCUGCGCAGAGCCAGCUACGAGUUCAUGAGGAGAAGCCUCAUCUUCUACAGGAGUGAGAUUCAGAAGAUGACGGGCAAGGACCCCCUGGAGCAGCUCGGUAUCUCGCAGGAGGCCCGCUUCCAGCUGAGCAGCCUGAGGGCCUGAGCCCAG